AUGGUGAACUGUGGUGUUUGCUGUGCCAACCUCAAAGACAGCAAAACCCUGAUGAAAAUGGGUUUGGCACUGGUGCUCGUGGGCCAUGUCAAUUUUCUGCUUGGUGCUCUGGUGCACGGUGCAGUGCUCAGACACAUCAGCGUGCAUGCCGAGGCCCGCAUCAUGGUUUACUCCAUCACUAAUGUCAUUGCUAUUGUGGCAGGCUUGAUGGGAAUUAUUGGUGGAAUAAUUGCAAUUGUUCUGUCCAAAAACAAGAAAAGCAGGAUUUUGAAGUGGGUCCUGCUUGUAUUCAGCUUCCUAGCAGGCCUCUUAGCUGUUGCCUCCACUUUGGGCCUGCUGGCUUCCGUGGUCACCGCCAUUAUUCACAAAGGACGAAGCCUGUUGACGCACUGCACUCCCCUGAAAAAUAUGGGAUCUUCCAGUAUUACCCAUGAAUGUCCCUUUGACCCCACUCGCAUCUAUAGCACCACAAUCAUUCUGUGGGUGCCACUUAUCCUGAUGUCUGUGGUGGAAAUGGUGUUCUCCUUCCGUUGCUUCGCUGUUUGUACAUCGUUCCUGUAUCUGUGCCCAUGCAGGCGGAGGCCGUCAAUAGCAAAAAGGGUCCGCAUGCAAAGAGCAGUUGUAAUUGCCCACUCGCCUGCUUCAGAGCAGCCGACCGAGCUUGACCCUGAGGCUGUGGAGCAAGAUGAACUGCUUGGAAGUGGUGCUCCAGCAGCAGAGCAGAGCCAUUGGCUAUGA